CCUCUCUCCCUUCUCAAUGUACAUGUCUCUAUCUUCUCUUAUUUCUUUAGUAGUCAAAGUCUAUCCAGUGUCCAUUCUUACGUUAUAUAUAUCACUCCCAUUUCACUCCAUCUUUUCCACUUAAGGUUUCCUUCGAUUCAAUAAACCCAUCUCUUUAAUCUUCUUCACUUCUGCUCAACAAUGGCGUCCCCUGAUCAAUCUUCAGCUUUAGAUCUCAUCCGUCACCACCUUCUAAUCGAUGAUCUAUCCUUCCUUCAAACUUACUCUGGUCUCACCGAUAAUGAUUCACACAGUGUCCAGACUUCUGAUUUUCUUUUCCCUCAAAUUUCAUCCAGUAAUUCAUCUUCUUGUUCGUCUUCAUCCCCUGUUUUUGAACCUUUCAGCAACUCCGUUUCUGAUGAACAAUUUGAAUUUAACGUGAUGCGUGAACCCGCGGUCUGUAAAAAUCCAUGGAAACAGACUGGCGGUGGUGGUAGUGUUAGUGGGAAUAGUUUUAAGGAAAGAAAACCGUCGCUAAACAUAUCGAUUCCGUUUCCUCCACCGGUGAUCAAGAAAACUGUGGUGGCGGAGAAGGUGGAGGGUGUUGAGGAGAGGAGACAUUACAGAGGAGUGAGACAACGUCCUUGGGGGAAGUUCGCAGCGGAGAUUCGUGAUCCGAACAAGAAAGGCACAAGGGUUUGGCUUGGGACGUUCGACACCGCGGUGGAGGCGGCGAAGGCGUACGACAGGGCGGCGUUUAAGCUUCGCGGUAGUAAGGCAAUAUUAAAUUUUCCGCUUGAAAUCGGGAAUUUAAAUGAGGCGGCAGAGAUGCCGGUGGUGAAGAGUAACGGGCGUAAAAGGGUGGCCAGAGAGGCUGAGGUGGAGGAGAGAGAAAGUCGGAAAGAAGUGAAAAAGGAGAUGGAGACAGAAAUGGUGAUGGCGGAGUCCAGCGGUGUUAAGACGACUGACGCGGCAAUUGGGCCGCUAACGCCGUCAUGCUGGACGACGGUUUGGGAUUUUGGUGACGGUGACGGUAACGGAAAGGGUAUAUUCGAGGUGCCUCCGUUAUCACCUUAUCCCGGUGUUGGCUUUUCGUCGGGUUGUAUGGUUAUCUAAUAGGAUUUAACGGUGUUUACUAACUAUGGAAAACUCAAACGUGCCACGAAUAGCCGUUAGUCAUGUAUCGUUUAGUAUUAUCCAACACCCCUUUCUUUAAAAGAAAAAAAAAAAAAAAAAAGAUGGUGAGGUGUUUAGUGUACAUACAGAGAAUAGUAAAGCAGUUCCCACGUAUUCAUUUUACUUCUAUUAUUAUUAUUAUUUGUUUAUUAUGAAAUAAAUAUGAUAUAUUUAUUUUUUAUUUGCUUGUUGAUACGACUAAACGCAAUAUUUUAUAUACAAUUUAAUUAUUGAUUUAA